UGUGUGUCCAUGAGGUCGUCCAUGCUGGUCUUGAUCCUCGUGGUCAGUGCCCAGGCCGUGUGCACCAUGGGAGGAAACUUCUGCCCCCCGACCUCCACUCAGCAGCAGGGCCCUGCCCCAAACAGGACUCCUAACUCUGCCCCCACCGUGGACCCCAAACUCUUCACCAAGCGACGCUACCGCUCGCCCCGCGUUCUCUUCAGUGCGCAGCCGCCCGACACGGAGCCCACAGGACGCCAGGGGUCAGGGGCCAGCAGGGCAAGGCGCAUGGUAGGUCAGCCACAGCACCGGGGGGUGUACUCUGUGUGUGAGAGUGUCAGCAACUGGGUGGGCAACAAGACCAAGGCCACAGAUAUAUCUGGCAAUGAGGUGGAGGUGCUCCCGGACGUCAACAUUAACAACGUCAAGAAAAAGCAGUACUUCUUUGAGACCACGUGCCGUGGCCCCCGGGCGGGCAGCUCUGGCUGCCUGGGCAUCGACGGGCGACACUGGAACUCCUACUGCACCAACUCGCACACCUUCGUGCGGGCGCUGACUUCCUUCAAGGACCUGGUGGCCUGGAGAGCUGGUCCGCAUCGAUGUGGCGUCUGUGUGUGUGUGCUCAGCCAAGAGUCCUGA